AAUGCAGGUAUUCUGUCACUCAACUGAUGGAAAGGAGCAUCAGAGAGUUGAUAGAAGUGGAAUGUAACACAUCUUGUCUCAUUUUGUCUUAUCUUCAGAGGCUUUUUUUACACAGCUGCGCUACUAGGACCAGAGUGGUGGAGAGAGCAGUGUCCACACAGACACAUUCAUACACACAAGCGAAGAUAUGGCAUCCCCCAGCAGUCUCCUGUCUGAAGAGCAGUUCCAGUGCUCUAUCUGUCUGGAUGUGUUCACUGACCCAGUCUCCAUCCCAUGUGGACACAACUUCUGCAAGGCCUGUAUCAAAGGGUACUGGGAUAGCACGGGUCUGUUCCAGUGUCCCCUGUGUAAGCAGAUAUUCCUCAUAAGACCUGAACCGAAUGUCAACAGAACACUCAGAGGAGUUGCAGAACUUUUUAAGGGAUUGAUAGUGAGAGACAGAGAGGACUUCGCUACAGAGCCUGGAGAAGUGGUCUGUGAUGUCUGCACUGGCAGGAAGCGCAAGGCUCUGAARUCCUGCCUSGKUUGUCUGACCUCGUACUGUGASWCUCAUCUGGAGCMUCAUCAGAUAGCCCCAGCCCUGAAGAGACACCAACUGAUCGACCCUGUAAAGAACCUYGAAGACAGGGUAUGUAAGAAGCACAACAAACUCCUCGAGCUGUUCUGUAGGACUGACCAGACAUGUGUGUGUCAGUUCUGCUCUGAGACUGACCACAAGGCUCACAACAGCGUACCUCUGGAAGAAGAAUGUGACCAAAGGAAGUCUCAGCUUGGGAAGACAGAGGCACAAGUGAAGCAGAUGAUUCAGGAGCGACUGCAGAAGGUUAAGGAGAUCAAACACUCAGUAGAUCUCAGCAAAAAACACACAGAGAGGGAGAUGUCUGACAAAGUACAGAUCUUCACCGCUCUAGUUCACUCGAUUGAUAAAUGUAAGGCUGAGCUCAUUUGUGUGAUUGAGCAGAAGCAAGAAGCUACAGAGAAGUUGGCUGAAGGUAUCAUUGAAGAACUGGAGCAAGAAAUCACUGAGCUGAAGAGGAUAAGCUCUGAGCUGGGGCAGCUCACACACACCAAGGACCAUCUCCAACUCCUCCAGAGCUCCCCAUCCUGGUGUCUCCCAGUAAAGGCCAAGGACUGGUCGGAGAUCAGUAUUGAAAGCCACCUGCACAUGGGGUGCAUGAAGAGAGCUGUAUCUCAGCUGGAAGACAAACUGACGAGUGAGGUAAAGAGAUUUCAUAAUGAGAUGGAGAAUGAGCUGAAGAAGUUGUGUGAAGCUGAGAUGAAGAUUCCGCAGUAUGCAGUGAAUGUGACUCUGGACCCUGAUACAGCAUAUCCUGAACUAAUCCUGUCCGUGGAUGGGAAACAAGUGAGGUGUGGGGACCAAUCACAGAAUCUCUCAAAUAACCCAAAGAGGUUUACUUAUAUAUACAGUGUCCUGGGGAAGGAGGGCUUCUCCUCGGGGAAAUCUUACUAUGAGGUACAGGUGAAGGGCAAGACUGAAUGGGAUGUAGGAGUGGCCACAGAAUCCAUCAAUAGGCAGGGGUGGUUACCACUGAGCCAUGAGGAUGGAGUGUGGACUUUGGGGCUGAGUACAAAUAAUUACUAUGAGGCUAAUGACCCCAAAGUACAGCUGAGCCUGAAAAAGAAGCCCCAGAAGGUGGGGGUGUUUGUGGAUUAUGAGGAGGGUCGGGUCUCCAUUUAUGAUGUGGAUGCCACUGCCAGAUCUCACAUCUGCUCUUUCACUGGCCACAAAUUCACAGAGAAACUCUAUCCAUACUUCCACUGUGGGUAUCCUGAUGGUGAAAGAAACAUAGCCCCACUGGUCAUCUCUCCUGUCAGUCAGAUGACUGGCCCAGUGCUACAUUAGGGAUGUUUGUCAUUAAAAAUAUGUGUUGCUUUGUUUUCUUCCUAUUAGGAUGAAGAUGCAUAGAUUUAGUAAUAUUGUUCUUCGUUCCUGUGUAUUUUGUGUAUUCUAAUAUACAGUGCAUUCGAAAAGUAUUCAGACCCCUUGACCUUUUCCGCAUUUUGUUACGUUACAGAU